CGCCUCUUAACUCGUGCUUCUAGGUUGUUCCUUGCCUGUGCUCUUCGUCUUCACUCUCUCUGGUUUUUCAUUUAGGGGUGGACUGAGAUCACAUAAAACAAUGGUGAAGGCUGUGGCAGUUCUCAGCAGCAGUGAGGGUGUCACUGGAACUAUUAACUUCAGCCAGGAAGGGGAUGGUCCAACCACUGUAACUGGAACUCUUGCUGGCCUUAAGCCUGGUUUUCAUGGAUUCCAUGUCCAUGCUCUUGGAGACACCACAAACGGAUGCAUGUCAACUGGACCGCAUUUUAAUCCUGCUGGCAAGGAGCAUGGCGCCCCUGAGGAUGAGAACCGUCAUGCUGGUGAUCUGGGAAAUGUCAAUGUCGGUGAUGAUGGAACUGUUAGCUUCACUAUUAUUGACAAUCAGAUUCCUCUCAGUGGGCCAAAUUCUAUCAUUGGAAGAGCUGUUGUUGUUCAUGCAGAUCCUGAUGAUCUUGGGAAAGGUGGCCAUGAGCUCAGCAAAUCUACUGGAAAUGCUGGCGGCCGAGUCGCUUGUGGUAUUAUUGGACUGCAAGGAUGAACGACUCUAAAGCCUCGAACCUUGGAUGACAUGAAGUUGUGUGUAUGCGCGUGAUGCUUUGGAACUCUGAGGAAUAAAUUUGAACUAGUGUUAUGCUCUUGUGGAAAUCUAAUUCUUAGUUAAGCUGUUACUUUUGACGCUUGAGUCUUGGUUCGUUGGCUUGUGGUAUCGAUGUAUGAUGCAUCUUCUGGAGAGACAAAAGGGGAUAUUUAUAUGGUACAUCGUGACCCCAGUAUAUAACCGUGUCUCUUCAGCGUGUGAAAAUAUUUCGUUGGGGGCAGCUGCAAGAGGUCUCCCUUGUGCGUUACUUCCAAAUUUCCGAGUGUUCCAUCCAUUCGUUUUAUCGUCGAUCAACUAUUUGAAAAGCCCUGAAA